AAGAUAUUUUGUGUAUCCACCCGAACUGAUCAUUGGUCCGACAACCACGUCGCCGUCGCGCCGCCGUCGCCAUCGCCAUCUCAUCCGCUUUCUCUCUCUCUCGUCCCCACCUCUAGGUAGGCGGCAGGCAGCUCGCGCCUCGCCUCGCCCCGCCAGUUUGGUGCACCUGUCCGCGACGCAUCUGCCGGGAACCACCACCAGUAGCCAGUAGCAGCAGCGGCAGCAGCAGCAGGAGGCAGCGUGCCAUGGACCCCGCCGCCGCGGCGCACGUGCCGCUGGGCGCGAUCACCGCCGACGACCUCGCCGCCGCGGGUGGCGCGGCGGAGCUGCACGCGGCGCUGCGGCGUGCGGUCGACGCGCGAGGCGGGGACGGGCCGGCCGCGGUGUGGGGGGAGAUCGCCAGGGCCGUGCUCCGCCCGGGCGUGCCGUUCGCCGUGCACCAGAUGCUCUACUACGGGUGCUACGCCGGGUUCCCGUCCGCCACGCCGCCGACCUGGACACCCGAUCCCGAUGAGGCGGUAUUGACCAAUGUCGGCCGCGUCCUGGAGGCGCGAGGGAGGGAGUUCCUCGGUGAGGCGUACAAGGAUCCAAUCGCUAGCUUCAGCGACUUCCACAGGUUCUCCAUUGAGAAUCCAGAGGCGUAUUGGAAGAUGGUCUUUGAGGAGAUGGGUAUUACUUUCAGUGUGGAGCCAUCUUGCAUCCUGCGGGAGAAUGAUGCUUACCCCGGUGGCGAGUGGUUACCCGGCGCGGUGAUGAAUGCUGCUGCAAAUUGCCUAGCUGUGAAACCUGGGAGGAAUUCCGACGAUGUUGCUAUCGUGUGGAGAGAUGAGGGGAAGGAUUCUGAGCCCCUGAACUUUGUGACUCUUGAGGAAUUGAGGAAAAAAGUCUGCCUGGUGGCAAAUGCACUGGAUGCACUGAACCUGGAUAAGGGAUCUGCAAUUGCGAUUGACAUGCCUAUGAAUGUCAAUGCUGUUGUGAUUUACCUCGCGAUUGUGUUAGCAGGCUAUGUGGUUGUCUCAAUCGCUGACAGCUUUGCUGCGCCUGCAAUAUCAAUGAGGCUAAAGAUAUCAGAAACAAAAGCUAUUUUCACCCAGGAUUACAUCCUUCGAGAUGACAAGGAGUUGCCUUUGUACAGUAGAGUUGUGGAGGCUAAGGCCCCUAUGGCAAUUGUGAUCCCUGUAAGGGGAUCAACACUGGUAAAAGGAUUGCGUGCGGAUGAUCUGUCCUGGGAGGAUUUUCUUGGAAGAGUUAACCAUACCAAGGCCGAUAACUAUACCGCUAUUGAGCAACCUGCAUAUGCCUUCACCAAUAUCCUGUUCUCGUCAGGAACUACAGGGGAGCCAAAGGCAAUUCCAUGGACACACCUAACCCCUCUGAAGUCAGCUGCUGAUGGUUGGUGUCACAUGGAUAUUCAGAGAGGUGAUGUUGUUGCAUGGCCUACUAACCUCGGCUGGAUGAUGGGGCCAUGGCUUGUUUAUGCCUCUUUACUGAAUGGAGCUUCCAUGGCCCUUUACAAUGGCUCCCCAAAUAGUUCAGGCUUUGCAAAGUUUGUACAGGAUGCAAAGGUGACUAUGCUUGGGUUGGUACCUAGUAUUGCUAGGUCAUGGAAAAGUACAGAUUGUACUGCUGGGUUCGAUUGGUCUAACAUUAGAUGUUUUAGUUCAUCUGGGGAGGCAUCCAGUGUGGAUGAUUAUUUAUGGCUGAUGGGAAGAGCUUGCUACAAACCAGUUAUUGAAUACUGUGGAGGCACAGAAAUUGGUGGUGGAUUUGUUGCUGGAUCCUUGCUGCAACCUCAAGCAUUGUCUGCAUUCAGUACACCUGCAAUGGGUUGUAACUUGUUUAUUCUUGACAACAAUGGGAAUCCUCUACCACAAGAUUCUACUGGUACUGGAGAACUUGCGCUUGAUCCAACCUUUUUUGGAGCAUCGACAACACUGCUAAAUGCUGAUCAUCAUGAUGUUUACUUUAACGGAAUGCCAGAAUGGAAUGGGAAAGUCCUUCGGAGGCAUGGGGAUGAAUUUGAGCGUACUGCUGAUGGGUAUUAUAGGGCUCAUGGCCGUGCAGAUGACACAAUGAACCUUGGUGGAAUUAAGGUGAGUUCCAUCGAGAUAGAGCGGAUCUGCAACAGAGUAAAUGACACCAUUCUUGAAACAGCAGCUAUUGGGGUUCCACCUCUGGGAGGUGGCCCCGAACAGUUGACCAUAGCCGUGGUCUUCAAAGACCAAAGCUCACAAACAGAAGAUUUGAAUCAGCUGAAACUAGCAUUCAACACUGCUCUGAAGAAACUGAAUCCUCUUUUCAAGGUUUCUUCAGUUGUAGUAGUCCCUUCACUUCCAAGAACAGCUUCAAACAAGGUCAUGAGAAGAGUCCUCCGCAAGGAGUUCACCCAGCAGCCAAAGCAUUCCAAGAUAUAA